UCCUGCUGAUGUUCUGCAUGUGGGAGGGGAUCGAUCGAUCGUCAUCAGGAGCGCGCGACGCAGCUGCGUGUUUGCGUCAUAUGCCGCUGCAUUGUGGGAGAAGAGAUACUAGCGAAGCCGCGCCAUUUUUGCGUAAUUCGAUCUGAAGUCGAGAAUCUGUGUAUCGUGACGGUUUUGAAUCGUUUCCCUGUUGGAUUAGAAGACGAUAAGAAGUUAUUAUUAAAAUGGGACGAAAGAAGAAGAAGCAAAUGAAGCCCUGGUGCUGGUACUGCAACAGAGAUUUUGAUGAUGAAAAGAUUCUCAUUCAGCACCAGAAAGCCAAACAUUUCAAAUGUCAUAUAUGUCACAAGAAGCUGUACACAGGGCCUGGAUUAGCCAUACAUUGCAUGCAGGUGCACAAAGAGACUAUUGACGCAGUUCCUAAUGCAAUACCAGGAAGAACAGACAUAGAACUGGAAAUCUACGGCAUGGAGGGUAUUCCAGAUAAAGACAUGCAAGAUCGGAGAAGAGUACUUGAACAAAAGUCGCAUGAGAGUCAAAAGAAGAAACAGAAUCCGGAUGAUUCUGAUGAGGAGGAUGAUGAUGACGACGAAGCUGGACCUUCUUCAUUUCAGCAGCCUGCUGCUCAGCCUCAGGCUGCCUACAUGCCCCCAAUGACCCAGCCAGGCAUCCAUCCUGGAGCUCAGGCCCAAGGCAUGCCACAUGCUGGUUAUGCAGGCAUGCCACCUAUGUUGACUGGUGUCCCACCAAUGAUUCCUGGUAUGCCACCAGUAAUGCCAGCCAUGCCACCUGGCAUGAUGCCAAUGGGAGGGAUGAUGCCUCCUGGUCCAGCAAUGCCUCCAAUGAUGCCUGGCAUGCCACCAGGAAUGCCACCCCAUGUUGCCAGGCCUGGCAUGCCUCCUAUGGCACCUGCAGCCCCUGUCACAGCUCCUGGAAUGGCCAGCAGACCAGCUGUACCUGCCACACAGUCUGUUGCUUCUAAACCUCUCUUCCCCAGCGCUGUGCAGAUGGGGACUGGUGUUGCGAGCCCCAGCGCCGCCCCUGCAAGUGCAGAGACACAGUCUGCCUCCUCUAAGCCUCUGUUUCCUAGCUCUGCCCAAGCGCAGCAGACUGUAUCAAAACCAUCAUCAACCACCUCUGAUUCUCCUAAAGUGACAUUCCCAGCCUACACCCAGCCUUCCUCCACUCCUUCUGUUGCUGCCUCCUCCAGCACUGUGGCCAAGCCCCCUGCCACAGUCACAAGUAAGCCAGCCACCCUCACCACCUUGAGUGCUACCAGUAAGUUGAUGCACCCUGAUGAGGAUAUUUCGCUGGAAGAGAGACGGGCUCAGCUGCCUAGGUACCAGAGGCUAAUCCCUCGGCCUGGGCAGACUGCAGCGACUGCUGCCUCUGCUCCCCCUAGUGGAGCAGUGGGGGGAAUGAUACCUGCCCAGCAGGUUAUACCUCCUCAGCAGCCUGGAAUGAGGCAUCCCAUACAUGGUCAGUAUGGUGGUCCUCCACAGGGCAUUCCUGGUUAUAUGGCUGGUGGCAUGCCUCCUUAUGGACAGAGUGCCCCAAUGGUGCCCCCAUAUCCACCUGGGCCUCCCAUGGGUAUAAGGCCACCCGUAAUGUCUCCAGGCAGCCGAUACUGAAACAGCGCUGUCGUCCCACUAGGUUUGGAGGUUAAACCUUUUCUCAUCUUGUGCUUUUAAUGUAGCCAAACCAAUGAGCUCUAAACCCACUGCUGAAGAAAAACUGGACAUUUAAGAUAUGUUAUAUCACACAAAAGUAUUGGAUUCAGCCCUUAAAUAAAGACUAAGAAGAUAACAGCAGUAUCAAUGUUACAGUUGAUACAUGUAUUGCUUUUCUUCCUAUUGUGUUUCAUUCAGGUUGUACAAGUACAGUAUAUUAGACAAAGGUUCAUAAUAUAUUGAAGCCGCUGGCCUAACAGUAUCUCCAUACUCAAGGCAAGUUCCCAGUAAGAUUUCUGCUUUUAUCUUGGUAGUGAAGCCCUCACAGCACCAUACUGUGCUGUUGGACUUUACGUCCCCAACAUCAGCUUGGUGAGGGCUUCAGAUCACUGUUGUCAUGGUGUUUUUUCUUUUAACCGUUUGCAUCCAUUUAUUCAGGGUUUAAAUAGCACAAGGGUAAAUAUGUGUCUCUCUGUAUUUUUAUUUUAUUUUUUUGCUAUGUGCAUUGUAAUAAAACAUACUUAAUUUUGA